CUCUCCUCCACAACACACAGCACGGAAAAACCCACACGGACGACCAGACGAACAGUCGAUCGCACGCCUGCAUCUCGUCAAUCACUGUGGUGUCGCUCUUGCAUCCUCCUGAUGCCUCGUCUCGACAUCAACCGACAACAGACCGUCCGCACGAAUCGACACCUGCACCCACACACACCAUUAUAUGCAACACAAUCCAUCCAUCCAUCAGUCCCGCCUGCAUCCGCCCUUCUCACCUUUUUUCGCCUUUCUUGCUGCUCGGGGUCGGAGGCUUCCGCCCCCUCGUCAACUUCGAUGGACGCCCUGUAGCCAUCCUCCUGGUCAGUCAGCUCGAUGACGAUCGGCGGUGAUGUCUGUGUGAGCCCAAGGUCCUCAAGAGAUGUGGCGUAUCUCUUGUAGAAGCUGUGGUAGUCCACUUGAUAGUGAUACACCUGCAGCAGGGACUCCUGCACACACAGACAAGAGAGAGAGAAACCUUAUGUGUGUCUGUCUGGGGUGUGGUGUGGUGUGUGUGUUGUGGGCCUGAAGCUUGUUGUGCUGUGCUGUGUGGGUCACUUUGUGGUCGAAGAGAGGGUCUGGGAUGGAAGGGUCUGCCUCGCUGCUGGGCGACUCUGCAAAGACGACAAAGCCCCACCUCUCCGGCCGGUGCAUGUUGACGAUGCCUGCACCACACACACACACAAGUGUGCAUUUGGUGUGUCCCUCAAUCCGUUGUCCCCAUCUAAUCAGUCACUCGCCUUGUGGCGUCCAUGUCCAGUUGUCCUCUGGGGGCUUUUUAACGUACGAGCCGUUCACCACCUCCAGCGGCCACUGACACGACAACAGCGCACACACAGCAUACAUACAGCAACGUCAGUCAAGCCCCAUCGUCUGACUGACACGGUCGGUCGGCAGCUCUCCCACCCACCUCCACUCGGCUGAAGUUGAUUCGCCACCAGUCGCCGGCCUUGGGCUUGGCCGCCUCCUGCCCGACCAACGCAAAGAGGUCCUUGAAGGGGAAGUGCGCCGUGAUCCCCCAGCCAAUGUCCGUGUCACUGGGGUCGUUCAGGCUGCCGUGCACAUCAGCUGACACACAUAGCAUAGAGAAGCAGACAGACAGAGAAAGAGAGAGACGAGUGUCCAUGUGUGUAUGUAUGUGUAUGUGUGUAGCCCUAUGCGACAGCGGACGCACCCCUCCAUGCAUCUAUCUGCAUCUACGGGCGGCCCGGCUUUAAUAAGGCACACACCAAGUUUGGUGACCGCUGUUCCCUCCCUUUGACACCUUGCCCUUCACAUCAUGCUCUAGGAAGGCAACGCCAGAAGGGCUCACUGUCUGUCUGUCUGCAAACCUGCCUGGCCGCCUGCGUCAUGUGUGUGUGUAUUCCCUUCACUCACUUACUGCCUGUCUGGAUAUUGGGCAGGUUGAAUGUGGUAGGGCUGCCUCCAUCGCUGUAGGGCUUGUCAAGGGUCAGCUCCCACCGGAUGUUGUUGGCAUUGACCUCGUACUCGUAGUAAUGGUGUGUGGAGCCGUCGCAGUUGAUGAAGACCUCAAAGUCAUGGUCGUAGUGGAAUAUGUACUGGUUGAUCUCCGUGGCCUCAGCCAUCAGGUGGGGCUCGUCCAUCCAGCUGCCCACCCACAGACCAGAAUCGUCCCACAUCAUCUUGACGCGCUGACACACAGACAGCACCACACACAACAGACAUCAACGUCACAUAACAUCCACAGCACAGCGUGUCUGUGGAUCGGAUCUGCCUGCGUGGCGUGGCGUGGCGGUGCCCCGGCCUGGCUGGCCUGUUUGUUUCUCACCCACCCACCGUGUUGUAUCGGGGCAUCGGCUUCGCUUCCCCUUCAAUAUCGGCGAAGAGGGUGCUCCACGGUGCGUGCUCCCACGCGCUGUCGUUGACUCUGCCAUCGGCCUUUGGGCCGUCGUCAUUCUUGACAGGUGGCGCCACGUACACCAGCGGCCGGAUGGCCUUCAUCUUCUCCCACAUGGCGUACCUCUCGCCGUGCCAUUCCAUCGUUGCUGCAGUGGCUGCCCGACACGCGACGAGGGAGCCUCUCGGCUGGUUGCUGCAGCCCAAUGACGGAACGAAGGCAGAUCUCGCGACGGCCGCAAGGUGAGCUGCAAGGACCAGCGGCAACAGGGAGAGCCGAAAGUCCACAACACUUUUGUCAGGGAAGAGAACAGCCAUAAGCUGAUGAUGGCGACUACACCACAGGGCACCGCUCCGGAAUGCGAGCCGAAACAAUGGCGAGCUGAGCAGCACCGGGUGCAUCCGAUUUCUCCAGUGCAAACAGGCCUGGGAGGGGUGGCGCCAUGGUCCGGGUAUGUCCAGUGGUGCGUACGGCAGAACGGCGCAUGAUUUCGUG